AUGACUUCGAAACCGCAUCUCCAGAUCUUCAAGAUUGAUGCCCCUCAGUCCAGCACAGACUUGAAAGGGUUCCCUCUAUUCGCCAAAUUGCCGACUGAACUCCGCUUCAAGAUCUGGAAACAUUCUUUGGAACACCCUCGUAUCCUCAAGGUGCAUUUGCGGUACCCCUCCGCAUUCGAUUCAAAGUUGGCCCAUAAUGGUCAGACAAGACCAGCUUCGCACCAAAGCCAGAACUAUCGUCCAGUAGUCAAAGGAUAUCAGACAUUGAGCAAGCUCCUGAGAGUCAAUAAAGAUGCUCGAGGAGCGGCUCUGUCCUUCUACCGGGUCCAUCUCCCUUGCUGGCUGGCAAAGGGGGCUUCCAGGAGUGAAGAUUUAGUCCCUGGCACCAUCUACUUCAAUCCAGAGUACGACUUUCUCCACGUUAGGCAGGAAAGCAUGGACAUGAUAGACUUCUUCUACGAUUUGAAGUUCAAAUAUGAUCCACAAUACAUUGGCAUCCGCAACUUGGCGCUCUGCCGCAGGACGCUAGGCAAUAAUCCAUGCCGCCUCGCCCCGUUGCCAGCUUCAAACACCAACCCCGAAGCCAUGAGGGCCUUUAAUGGCAUCAUAUCUCAGCUCGAAGAGAUUUUUUUUGUAUCCGUUCAAAGUAUCGCCCGCAUGGUCCUAGGCCGUGAUACUGGCUCCCUCGUGCUCUACGAAACUUCCUUCAACCGCUCCUUUCCCAUCAUGGGCAUGGCACUCAACUUUGAUCGUAUAGGCCGGGACCCUCGACAGGCUGGGGAGGACUUUAAAAGUCUCUCUAUCAUGGGUAACCCACAUGAGCUGUACACCUCCUGGUUAGAGGCAAUGGAGGGCAUGGGUAUCGAUCCGCCAAAGGCCCAAUACCGAAUCCUGCUCACUUUUCGCCCAUAUGAUCGCAUAUACAACGAAGAAGACGGCAGAAAAUGGGUCCAGAAAGAAGACGAAAUCUGGAACGGCACAUACGAAUACACCGGACCCUUUUCCACUAUAGACUGGAAAACUACGCCAGGUUCUUCGCUUCCGAAAUUCCGAGACGAGGAUCUCGACAAGGCAGUGCGGCCUACGUUUGGCUUUUGGCUUUUCCCGGUGGAUGCCUUUGAUGAUGGCUCUGAGCGUGGAUCUCACUCUAAUCAGAUUUCUGCAUGGGAUGUUUCUGAGCAUUGGCCCGAGUUGGCGCUCUUGCGUCUACCCCCGUCGUGA